GCUUCACGAUAGUUACUUACCAAAAUGACGUUACAUGCACCAAGCGGGGUCGCGGGGGCCGAAUAGCGUCAAAACUUGUUGGAAGCGUAUUAUAAACCAAUAAUCAAUCUUAACCAAUAGUCCACGUGAUAUCGCGAUACUUUCGUGAGUCAUUCAGUCGCGUAGUCACGCAAUCAGCGACGCUCUUUAUGAUGGGCAGGAAUUAUACCUGCGGGUACUUAUAUGCAGACUCAUCGUUCGCAUGUCGAGUGAUAAAAAAAGCAAUAUUUGCUUCAAAAUUAAACCCCAAUAAUACCAACCUCAAGCUCAUUACCGAUCAUCAAUAUGUUAUCAUCUCGCGGGAAGCAGUAUGCCGAGGUCACCGGUUAUCCGUGGCGUUACGCUCCCAGACAGACGUAUGAUCGCGAAAAGAAUCCAGAUGGGCUGAUAUCUCUUGCAAUUGCUGAAAAUCUGAUUAUGCGUCCUCAAAUCGCCAAGUUCAUCAAUGAAAAGGUGAAAUUCACUGAAUCAGCAAUAUCCUACGGCCCCAAACCAUUGCUCGUCCCUCGUCUACUCACAGCUCUAUCAAGCCACUUCAACAAAUUUUUCUCCCCUUCUGUACCCGUGACUCCGGAACACAUUGUUACUGCUGUCGAUGCCACUUCUAUCGGAAGUAUUCUUGGUCUCACUCUCGCCGACCCUGGUGACGCAGUUCUCGUUUCCAGACCAAUCUAUGGACGCUUCGAAUUAGAUUAUGGGCUGGAAGCCGGCGUCAACAUUCUGUAUGCGGAUACAGACGCAAAGUCUGCAUUUGAGGAGAGUGUUGUUGAGCGAUUUGAGGAAGCACUGGUGAAUUUUGAAAGUCAGAAUAAAGGCCGUAGGGUCAGGGCUGUGCUGCUCGCGAACCCAAACAACCCAGUCGGAAAGCCAUACCCUCGAUCAACCCUCCAAAAGAUUCUCCGAUUUUGCAGCAAGCAUAAUCUGCAUUUGAUCAGCGACGAAGUCUAUGCUUUGUGUACUUUCGAUACCGCUAUUGAAGGAACGGAGCAUGUCCCAUUCACAUCCGUCCUCUCUCUUCUCGACGACCCAACCAUCAAUCCUGAGUUAGUGCAUGUUCUAUAUGGAUUUUCGAAAGACUUUGCAUCUGGCGGUCUCUGUCUCGGUUUUUUAAUCACUCGCAACGAACAACUCCGCAAAGCUGUGUUUCCUCUUCUACGGUUUCACAAUACUUCAGGAGCCGCCCUGCAAAUCGCAACCGCCAUAUUAGAAGACGAGAAAUUCGUGGAGGGUUUCGUAGAGACCACGAGAUCGGAGCUUGCGCGCUCAUACAGAUUCGUGACACGGGUGUUAGAAGAGGAGGGUAUUGAAUAUGUCAGGGGAGGAAAUGCGGGGUUUUUUGUUUACAUCAAUUUAUCCCCCUUUUUGCAGCAGACGUCGGGUAUACUUAACGACAGUGGCAAUGUGCUCAGCAGUGAGGCUAGAACAUAUAACGAUAAACAAGGCACUGAUCAGGAGAUUGAUCUCGCUCAGAGACUACUCGAUGGAAAUGUGGUAUUGCAUCCGGGAGAAGAGCAUAAUAGACAGCCUGGAUGGUUUCGCUUGGUAUUUUCUCAAUCGGAGGAGGUGUUGAGUGUAGCGUUGAGGAGAUUAGUCAACGUUCUGAAGGGCUAAAUCUGCUUUCGGGUUAAUUUCAACUACGGCAGACUAUUGAGUCAUUGUGCAUUGUCACGUCUGUGAUCGAUGGACGAUUUGGGGGGAGUAACAUAGGGCAACAUAGAGAAGGCUUCAU